AUGGCGCUGGUGGAGAUCCGCGAAUACCGCGAGGGCGACGGCCCGGCGGUGCGGGAACUCUUCACUUUAGGCAUGAGCGAGCACGUGCCGACGUCCUUCGUGCACGUCCUGAAGCAACCGCUGAGCCAGAUGCUUCUGGUGUGCACCUUUUGCGCCCUCAUGGCCAGCUCCAAGUCCUUCUUGCUGCCCAUCCUUGCUGUCACACUGCUGCUGGCCGCCGCCCGCCAGCUGCUGGUCCACAAGUUCAACGGCUACAUUGAUGCGUGCUGUGGUGCCGACCUGGCCCACAUUGGUGACACCUACAUGUCGCCUCCCGACGCCUGUUUCUGGGUGGCCGAGUGCGAGGGUCGCCUUGUGGGCACCGUGUCUUGCUUGCCUAACCCCAGCUACCCGGACUGCCUGGAGCUCAAGCGCAUGUCAGUGCGGCGCGGAUACCGUCGUACCGGCGUUGCCAAAAAACUGUGCCGGACAGUAGCGGAGUUCACGCGAGCCAGGGGCUACGCCGGCGUGGUCCUGGUCACUUCGGUGGUCCAGACGGAUGCGCAAAAGCUAUACGAAGGCCUGGGCUACAGCAAGGUGCGGGAGUUUGUGGAGGCCGACAUUGCUGCCAAGCUCAUGAACUUCUCACUCUUUGAGUACAGAUUGGACCUCGUCCAAAAGUGA